AUGCCCGUCGCUACUCGGUAUCCAUCCUUCUCGCAGCAUGGCGGCGACGAGCUAUCAGACGUAAGCGAUGUUUCGAUGGCUGAUGCGCAGACCGAGCUUUCCGACGAUGAACCUGAACCGCUCAUUGUCAGCGACAUUGUUCCCUCGACUCCGAAGACGGGCCCUGUCCUUCCUAUCAAGCGUGGUGCUGGUCGACCUUCGAAGAAAUCGAAGUUGCCCGCCCCAAGAACGGCAGACACCAAGAAAACAUCAACAAGAAACGGUACGGAGACCUGUCUUCAGGACACCGAAAGUGAUGUUUUCAUCUCUGGUGAGGAUGAUCAAGAUUGUGUUUCGGAUGGCAAUGAUCUUGACCCAGAGGACGGGGAACUGCUUGUUCCCAAGAAGCAUAGCUCGAAGCGCUUGUUUCCUUCCCGGCCUAUCGGUAGACAUGCUUCGAGCGGCAUCGAGAACGGCAAGGGCGGUUCCGACGAGUCGGAAGAACUCAGCAGUACUGACGGUGAGGGCCAGCCUGUGUCGCCUACUCCCGCUAAGCGAGGACGAGGCCGCCCUCGCAAGAAAGACCAGUAUUCAAGCGUGAUGGUAAGGCCCAUCGCCGAGAAGAAACGUGCGAGCAGCUCGACAGACUCUUCGAAGCCCCGCCGCUCGUCCCGGCUCCAUCCCUCUGCCAGUGGCAGUGACCCUGUGACCAAGGCAAAGCUUGUUAAGAGGGCAAGGGGAUCUUCGCCAGUGAGAUUCACUCAGACUACUCCCCAAAAGUCUACCGGAAACAAAUUGCCUACACCUCAACCUACCGCUUCGAAGGUACACAAGCGUCGAGGACGACCUUCGAAGGCCAAGACGUCCAUGAAACGCGGACAGGGCGCCGAGCAGGAAUGGGAGGUUGAGUCAAUCGAGGACUCUCUCAUUGACCGCAAAGGAGGCGUCCACUACUAUCAAGUCAAGUGGAAGGGCUUUCCAGCGAGUCAGAACACUUGGGAGCCCCGCGCCAGUCUGUCCAAGUGCAAGGAUAUCAUCACCGCCUUUCAACAGCGUGACAAGAAGACGCAGAAGUCCAAAAGAUGA